ACAGAUAACGUUCAGUUCAUAAGAAAUUUUGUACCAGUUAUAUAGUGUCCAAUACUCUGGAAAAAUGUCGGUUAUAACGCAUAAAGACGGUGUUUUUUACGGUGGUUCGAAUUUUCCUAUACCAUCUCAUAUGAAUUUUGGACGAAUGGUGGUAGAUAAAUUGUUACAACAUAAGAACAAAGUCGCUUUGAUCAAUGGAUCAACAGGCGAGUCAAUCAGCUAUACCGAUCUUGCAAAGAAGAUCGUGAACGUUGCCACUUCUCUCUCCAAACUUGGAGUGCGUCAGGGUGAUGUGGUCGCUAUAUGCAGCGAGAAUAGGAUCGAGUACCUGAUAGCUAACAUCGCAACAUACUAUUUGGGAGCUGUGUCGACGUUUUUGAACAUAGCUUAUACUAAAGAUGAGUUAAUCCACACGUCGAAUAUAUCUAAACCAAAAUUUGCAUUCUUAUCGCCCGACGCGCAAAAACUACAUUUUGACACGUUGAAAAACCACACAACAAUAACAAAAUUUAUAGUUUUUGGAGACGUCGCUACCACAGAGAUAGGCUUUGACAAAUUGACCCUUGAUGAUCCGAACGGCAGCGUUUUUCCAGCUGACUUUUAUGGUCAAGCCCAAACUGCCCUGAUACUUUACUCCUCGGGUACAACAGGGCUUCCUAAAGGGGCCAAAAUAACCCAUCUUAACCUCAUCGUUACUGUUUUUCAAUCCUCUACUCAACCAGACGUCAGCAAGUCUUUACUAACAGUGGCACCGUGGUGCAACACCAUGGGCAUCAUGACGUUGACCGACGCACUGAUGCUUGGCAAAACAGUCGUGUUCCUACGCAGGUUCGAUGAGAGCUUGUACUUACAAGUCAUCGAAAAAUAUAAGGUGGGGGAACUGCUCAUAGCACCACCAGUCCUGAUAAUACUAUCCAAGAGCCCGAGGAUUAGCAAAUAUGAUCUAAGUUCGGUGGUGCUAAUUCACUCUGGUGGCGCGCCUUUGGAUUCCGAUGUCAUCACUCUAGUCAAAUCCAAAUUCCCAAAUCUACGCAAUGUUACGCAAGGGUAUGGCAUGACGGAGACCACUGGCUCUAUCACCAGAGAACUCGACUCGGCACCAAAGCAGGGCAGUGUUGGUUUUAUUUCUGAAGGAAUCAUUGUUAAGGUAGUAGAUGUAGAGACUAGAAAAGCACUAGGCCCUAACGAGCGAGGUGAGAUAUGCGUAAAAGGGUUGGUUCUCUUCAACGGAUAUAUUGGGAAGGAGCGAGGUGACGACUAUGAUGAUGAUGGAUUCUUCAAGACUGGAGACAUUGGCUAUUAUGAUGAGGAAGGCUUUUUCUUCAUAGUUGACAGGAUAAAGGAGUUAAUCAAAUACAAAGCUUGGCAGGUCUCACCAGCAGAACUAGAAGCUGUGGUGUUGCUGCAUGAAGCAGUAAAAGACGUGGGCGUAAUCGGCACCCCAGAUCCCACUGCUGGAGAACUUCCCACAGCAUUCGUAGUGAAGAAACCAGGCUCAAAUGUUUCGGAGAAAGAUAUCAUAGAGUUUGUAAAUACCAAGGUGUCGCCAUGGAAACGUCUCCGAGGCGGCGUGAAGUUUAUCGAAGAGAUACCAAAAACUGGCAGCGGCAAGAUACUGAGAAGAAAACUACGCGAACUGAUACCCAAGAAAGUUGCAAGCAAACUGUGAUUGAAUUAAAUGCAACGGAAAAGUAGCUGGAAAAUUUAUUGAGAAAAAAUUACUAGCUGAGAUCUCAUUUUCUACCGAAAUAUGUAUUAGUUC